GGGGCGGUCGGAGCGUUCCGACCCGGCCGGUGUUUCCUAGGGGGAACGCGGCGGGGCAUCCGGUGCGGCGGCCCCGGCUGGCGGAAGUGACGGAGGGGUUUGUUGACAGCGGAGGCCGCGGCGGGGGGAGCGGGGCCCGAGGAGGACGCGGAGCCGGGGAGAGCCCGGGACGACCGCCGGCCCCAUCCGCCGCGCCGGGCGGGGCCUGGGCCCAGCUGCCCUGAUGUCCCUGUAAAUUCAUCCUGGAAUUUCAUUUGAGGAAAGGAUCUUCGGAAUCAAAAGCUCCCUUCUGUUUUCCUCUCCCCACUGCUUCCCUCAAGAUGGCAUCCGAUAGCCCGGAGUCACUGAUGACCUUGUGCACAGAUUUCUGCCUUCGCAACUUGGAGGGGACUCUCUGCUACUUACUGGACAAUGAAACUCUGCGGCUCCAUCCUGACAUCUUCUUGCCAAGCGAGAUCUGUGACAAACUCGUCAAUGAGUAUGUGGAAUUGGUGAAGACGGACAGCAUCUUCGAACCCCAUGAAAGCUUCUUCACCCUCUUCUCAGAUCCCCGGAGCACCAGGCUAGCUCGGAUCCACUUGCGGGAACAGAUCGUGCAGGACCAGGACCUGGAGGCCAUCAGAAAGCAGGAUCUUGUUGAGCUCUACCUGACUAACUGUGAGAAGCUGACAGCCAAGAGUCUGCAAACUUUGGUGAGCUUCAGCCACACGCUUAUUUCCCUUAGCCUCUUUGGAUGCUGCAAUAUCUUCUAUGAGGAAGAGAACCCCGGAGGCUGUGAAGAUGACUGUUUGGUGAACCCUACUCGCCAGGUUUUGGUCAAGGACUUUACUUUUGAAGGCUUUAACCGCUUGCGCUUCCUGAAUCUGGGCCGCUUGAUUGAAGGGGUCAAUGUAGAGACGUUGCUUCGGCCUUUGACCUCCCUUGCCGCUCUUGAUCUCUCUGGGAUCCAGCUGAAUGAUGUGGGGUUUCUGACACAGUGGAAGGACAGUCUGGUUUCCUUAGUGCUUUACAACAUGGACCUUUCAGAGGAGCACAUCCAAGUGAUUGCACAGCUUCACAAGCUCAGACACUUGGAUAUCUCCCGAGACCAUCUGUCCAGUUACUAUAAAUUCAAGCUGACCCGUCGGGUUCUAAACCUGUUUGUGGAAAACUUGGUAAACCUCACCUCGCUCGAUAUCUCAGGGCACACCAUGCUGGAGAACUGCACUAUCCCAAACAUGGAAGAGAAGAUGGGCCAGACAAGCAUUGAGCCAGCAAAGAGCAGCAUUGCUCCCUUCCGGGGUUUGAAACGACCACUCCAGUUCUUGGGCCUUUUUGAAACAUCUCUCUGCCGCCUGACUCAUAUUCCAGCCUAUAAGGUGAGUGGAGACAAGAAUGAAGAGCAAGUCCUGAAUGCUAUUGAGGCUUACACUGAACACCGGCCAGAAAUCACUUCUCGUGCCAUCAACCUCCUUUUUGACAUUGCCCGUAUUGAGCGUUGCAGCCAGCUGCUGCGAGCUCUCCAGCUGGUGAUCACAGCCCUCAAGUGCCACAAGGAUGACAAAAACAUCCAGGUGACGGGCAGCGCAGCGCUGUUUUACCUGACCAACUCCGAGUACCGCAUGGAGCAGAGCAUAAAGCUGCGACGCCAGGUCAUCCAGGUGGUGCUGAACGGCAUGGAGUCCUACCAGGAAGUCACAGUACAACGGAACUGCUGCCUGACACUGUGUAACUUCAGCAUUCCUGAGGAGCUGGAGUUCCAGUACCGCCGAGUAAACGAGCUGCUGCUGAGCAUCCUCAACCAGAGCCGGCAGGAUGAGUCUAUCCAGCGUAUUGCCGUGCACCUCUGUAACGCUCUGGUCUGCCAGGUGGACAACGAUCAUAAAGAAGCUGUGGGCAAGAUGGGUUUUGUCAUGACAAUGCUAAAAUUGAUUCAGAAGAAGCUGGCUGAUAAAACGUGUGAUCAGGUGAUGGAGUUCUCGUGGAGUGCCCUCUGGAAUAUUACUGAUGAGACUCCUGACAACUGUGAGAUGUUCCUUAACUACAGUGGUAUGAAACUGUUCUUGGAGUGCUUGAAAGAGUUCCCAGAGAAACAGGAGCUGCAUCGCAAUAUGUUGGGCCUCCUGGGCAAUGUGGCUGAGGUCAGAGAACUCCGUCCACAGCUCAUGACCUCCCAGUUCAUCAGUGUGUUCAGCAAUCUGCUAGAGAGCAAGGCAGAUGGGAUUGAGGUAUCCUAUAAUGCCUGUGGCGUGCUCUCCCAUAUCAUGUUUGAUGGUCCAGAGGCUUGGGGUAUAUGUGAGCCCCACCGAGAGGAAGUUGUAAAGAGGAUGUGGGCAGCCAUCCAGAGCUGGGAUAUCAACUCCAGAAGAAAUAUCAAUUACAGGUCAUUUGAACCAAUCCUUCGACUUCUUCCACAAGGGAUCUCUCCAGUCAGCCAGCACUGGGCCACCUGGGCACUGUAUAACUUGGUCUCUGUCUACCCUGACAAGUACUGCCCACUGCUGAUCAAAGAAGGUGGGAUUCCCCUUCUGAAGGACAUGAUUAAAAUGGCCUCAGCACGGCAAGAGACCAAGGAAAUGGCCUGGAAAGUUAUAGAGCACUGCAGUAACUUUAAGGAGGAGAACAUGGACACUUCCAGAUAGAGGCAAUCAUCCAAUGCCUCUUGCCAGCACUGUAUCCAGCUUCUCUAAUUCACUGUACAUAGCGAGGACUCUUUCUUACCAACUCGCCUGUUGGAAGGAAACUUUGUGUGUGUGUGUGAGACCCUCAGUAGAUGAAGGUGAACAGGGGAGGGGGGAGGGACUUUUUGCACAACAAAAUGCUUUCCUUAAAUUAGUGGACUUUUUCGUUAUGAAGUUUCAGAUUGAAGUUCUGUGUGUAUGAUUUCUGUAUAAAAAGAAAACAAAAAAACAGACAACUACAUUACGUAUCUUUUAACCUUUUUUUUUUUUAGACCAUACAGAGAGCCUCAAAUGAUCAUGAGCUUGAAAACCUAGUUGUGUGAUCGCUAGUGUGACUUGUUCAUUUCCUCCUUUUUAGAAAAUUCCCUUUUUCUGUAUUGCAUGAGGUCCUGUAAUGUCUGCAAGAACACCAGUCCUGAAUCAGUAUUGGCCACCCAGUGGGUUUACAGGCAGCAGUGAGUUAGUUGUUUGCUCUGAGAGGUUGGGGGACACAUUACCAACGAGUCAGACCAAAAGAACUAACCUUUUUACUAAUAUUUUUAAGUAGAGGAAACAGGGAAGAAUAAUCUUUUAAGUCAAUACAUUCUCCUAAGGGUUUUUUUUUUUUAUGGUAGAAUCCUAUUAAUGGAAACACUGCUAAAUGAUUGUGGGUCAUUUGGAAGUAAGACAUCCCCGUUAAUGUCAGGAGUUCUGUUUUGUCCCCUUUGGCAGUUGAGUAGGAUCUACCAGCCCACCUAGACUCAUAUGGUCAGGGAUGACCAGUAAAACCAGUUACACAUGGCAACACAGAGCUUUUCCCUCCAAGGGGGCCUGUGCAUGAAGGAACAGGGUUUGUUCACAAAGGGCUACACAUCUUCAUUCCUGUUUUUCACCACCUUCUUAGUUGUGUUCUGCUUCAUGGACAAGGGCUACAAAUGCCAGAGAAUGGCAUAAUAACCCCUACCCGGCCUAGGUGGCUUGUUCCGCUUGUGCAAGUCCCAGUAAAUGACUGAAGCUGUUCUACCAUUCUUCAGUCUGCACUGGUGCAAGCCAUGCUCAGUGGUAAAAUAACCUCCCUUUACAGGAAGCUCACUGCAGCACAGAUGUUGUCAUUUGAGGUGCUAACGUCUCCUGAGGCUGGGGAGUCUCUAGGAGCCCUUUGGAAUGCCAUCUCCUAAAAUGGCACCUCUCGUUCCUCGCCAACAUCUUCCCCCUCUUCUGGCACUACCCUUAUCCUACUCCUGCUAGCACUAACCAGUGCAGUCCCACUCCCAUCAGCAGAAUCACUCCAAUUUAUACGGUUUAGGGGAGAGGAGAGUCCCCACUAUGCUGGUCUUCACCUGUAAAACCCCAGGCCUACCAAGUCUUAAGAAGCCAAGGGCCAAAGGUUGCUUCACAGCCAGGCACUCAACAUCACGUCGUGCAGUUUAUGCUUAGAGCCCCACUUGUCACAGUUCUUUUAAAUUCACAGCUCUUCCCUUAAAAGCAGUUUUGAAAAGAUUUUACAUCUGCAGUGAGAGGAAACCAUGGACACGGGUGUUAGGAUGUUUCAGGCCUCUGAGAUAGCACAGUAAGUCGCUGCUCUCUUCCCUCAUUUACAUUGCUUGCUGCUAUGACUGAGGUUCUUCUGAUGCUCAGAGUUAAUGCUGUCGUUGCUGAGCACGUUAUGGACAGAUCCUGGAGACACAAACUGACACUUUAAAUGACAGAACACAGCUGCCCUGGAGAGGUUUACCUUUUCCUGCCAAUAUGGUGUUACCCAAUGUCUUUUCUUCUCUCUUUUUAACCAUGUCAUAUGUUUUGAUAUUGUGAGAUCUGUACUUUUUCUUUAAGUAUUUUUCAAACUUUAUAUAUAUUUUUGUGUCACUUUUGAAUUGUUUUCAUACAGUUUGAAAAACUUGACAAAUUACACUUUUUUCGUGGUUGUUUGAUUGAAAUGUUUUUUUCUCUCUUUUAUUCCUGUUUCCUAAGAGUUUCUGUCUCUAUAAGCUUUGAGACAGAGAUGUUUCUUUCAAGAUGUUUUCUGUGUAAUGCUUGCCAAUCAUUCUCCUAGAUGCAGAACUAAGAGUGGCUGCAUAUACUGCUGACCAGCCUCCAUGCAUUACAGGAGUCAGGCUUUGCUCAUUUUAUUCUCCAUUUAGCGCUAUCCUUUUGAAGUUGUCUCAGUUGUGAAGUUGUGACAGUGCCACCCACUAGAUUUUCUUCCUUUCUAAUGUCCAUACAGUGAAAACUUCCACCACUAAAAUCUUGAAUCAAGUGACAAAAAACACUAAAGAUUCUGACCACGUUGGCAAGGUGGGAUUGGAGAUGGGGAAACAUCACAGAUACAGUACGUGUCAGAAACCUAUGUCCUCAGAAUGCAGCUGCAAUGCAGGAGAGACAGCUGGAGCACAUCUCAGCCUUGCACUGUAAUCAGCCAAUCAGGCUUUACACUGAGAUUUUGACAAAACAAUGGUUUGGUUCCAUCAGCCUCAAGCCUGAAGGACCCCAAAAGUUCAAAGCAGUCCCUCUGUAAGUCGAGCUGUUACUGAAGUCACAUCUGCUGCCGCUGGACUGUGGUAUCACAACCUAACAAACCUUUGUUUCACAUAGCAAAGAUCACCUCUGUUCUCACUGCUCACAGAUCCUCAUGUACCUGAGCCUGAACCAAAAAAAAAAAAAAGAUUUCGACUUCCCAGGAACAUGGAGAUUAAUGGAGCCAGGCCAGCCUGCCAGAAAAGCUCAGCUCUGUGAAAUCUGUCACUUAACCCUAGAGGGUAGGGAAAACUAUCACUGGUCUAUUACAGCUAGCUAUGUAGCAGAAACAUUGCCCAUUCAGUAAGGUAAGAAAGGUAUCUUGAACGUCUGAGCAUAAUCCAGGAAUUUCUGUGGUGUCUGAAGCUAGGUUGUACCUCAGUCUCCCUAACUGAAACAACAGGUGUUGCAUCCUAGGCAGCAGGCAUGUGCCAUGAUCUGAAAGCACUUUUUGGAGGCAAAGAGGAGUUAAUGAAUUGCUGCUGUAAAUAAAAUGCACAGGACAGGACAGUUGUCUUGUACCUGCAGAAUACUAAUAUUCUACAAAGGAGGGGAGGGCAAAGAGGCUGAUUUUUAUGAAGGUCUUAAGUGAAAAGGGGAAGCUAGAUGUCCAGAAAUACUUGCCUGUUACAGGGAAGCCUCUCAGACUUUCCAGCUUUGCUGGAGCAAAGGAAUGAACCAGGAGACUUCAGUUCCAUGCACAGUUAUAGAAACCAAUCCUGCCUAAAAAACUAUAAAAAACUAAAAAACUACGGUUUUCAACUGUAAGGUGAAAAUACAGCUGGAAAGAAGCUCACAGUCUGAUGAAGUAUGGCAGAGGGACUCCUUAAGCUUAGUAGUUGUUGACUCAUUCAGACUCAUGUUUUUAUGUUUACAUUCCCUUAAUAUUCAAAAGCUGGCCAGGCAGAGCAUGAACCGACUCAAUAAUCUCUGCAGAGACUAUUCCAACAAAGGAACCCUCUACCUUCAGUACAAGUAGUCUUCUUUCUGACUGAAAAAGACCUCGUGGUUCAGUGGCCCAGCACAAUGACGCAGCAGUCCUCAGCAUGCAGGGUGUGUGCCGUGUUCCCUGGAAUAGAUAUGACAGAAGUUGGUGGGCAGCUUUCCACAAGUGCUUCCAUUUUCCAAGAUCUGUGGGAGGAACUGCUUACACAGAUUGGCAUCAGCGUGUACGAUGCUUCACAUCUAGCAGCACCAGACUUUCUCACGGAGACCAAGCUGAGAAAGUUUAGCACUGAUAAUUGCGGCAAUUAGUAACAAUGCAAAUAAUUAAUCUGACCCUCCUACAUCAUAGCUGUUAUCGCCCUGCACCUCUCUGCUAGCUUAGAUGUUACCUGUUUAGCACUAAAUCCUACCCAGCUUGUCACCUGGCCUUGUGUUUGAGUGCUUCGGUCUCUGCAAAAGAUGAGGGGAAGAAAAGCCUUAGAGCUGUGAGCUUAUUCCCCUCGUCACUUGAAGAAGGUGAUUAAUUACCAGGGCAGCAGAGGAGGGGGCACUGCAUUCAGGCACUACUCCACCAGAAAAAAUCUGAGACUGUUUAGGAAGAAGACUGCCACAGCUCAGGUGUUAGAGGGUGGCAUGUGCUGGAAAAAAAAAAUGAUAAUAAAAAUUAGGGGAAACAGCUGGCCUCCAUGACAACCAAGAGGGUUAUGGUUGUCAGGGAUGGAUGAGAAGACAGCACGUAAGAACAGGAAUUAGGGAGAUUUCCUGCUUGACUGAAACAUUUCUCCUUUAACAGACUAUUUUGGUUUCAGAUAAUUGUCACCGAUUCUCUCUGUAAUUCCUUUUUGUUAAAAGAAAAGGUUUUAAGCUAACCAAAUAUAUAUUUCCACGUUUUACGUAAAGAAAACAAUCUCACCUAUAAUGAGCAAGCUUCUGCUUUUACUCUGUCCAUUGACCUGCCUAAUGUUGAGAGGCCUGGUUCAAACGUUUGUACAUGGUGAAACCAAGCAAAAAAAUAAUGCACAAUUGUUGCUUCCUUACAAUUCUGAAUGAAUUAACUUUUCUGUUGUAUCCAUUGGGAUACCUGCUGUGUAUUAAACCUAGUGCUUAACAA